AUGACAGAAGUUCUCGGAGCCAUUGAAUCCAUUGCCAAUGGUGAUUCUCAUGUGCCUUUCAGAGACAGCAAACUGACCAUGCUUCAACAGACCCCAGAGGAAAUACACAAGACAAUCUCCACCCUCGAAUAUGGUGCAAAAGCAAAAUGUAUUGUCCGUGGUCCUCAUAUGCUAAUCAAGGAUAAAAUUGGGACUGAAGAUUCAUCUGCUGUUAUUUUAGGAUCAAGGAUUGCUGCCAUGGAUGAAUUCAUCCUUAAACUGCAAAGGGAAAAUAAGCUCAAAGAGAAAGAGCGAAAUGAAGCACACAGGGAGUUACAGAAGAAAGAAGAGGUUGCUGCACUGAGAGCUAAACUUGAGCUUAUGGAAGGUACGGGAUCUGGGAAAAAGGAGGAAGAAAUCAACUUGAAGGUGACUGACCGUGAGUUGGAAAAUAAGUUGGAGGAAUGCCAGCGUAUGGCAAAUGAGUUUGUUGAAUUGGAGAGGAGGAGAAUGGAAGAAAGGAUAUUGCAGCAGCAGCAGGAAGCUGAAAUGCUGAGGCGGCAGUUGGAGGAAAUUGAGCUUGAGCUAUGCCGCUCAGGUGAUGGAAAAGGUAAGGAGAGGGGGACAAAGGACCAUGAUGGAACCCAGUUUGCCUAA